AUGGCGGGGCCGUCACCGUUGAGAGAAAGCUUUGGGGGAGGAGGAAGCGGAGGAAGCGGAGGAAGCCGAGGAAGCGGAGCUGGUGAAGGGAGGAUCUUGGCGGAGCGGAGCUAUUCGCGCGGCAGUACUACUAGUACUACUAAAAGGCGUCGCACCGCGUAUUCCCUGUUCGCCGCCGCGCAGAUUACUGUAAACGAGGCAGACAUGGCGGUGCUGGAGGAGCUCAAGGCGGAGUGGGGCGCGUUUCCGGGGAGUGCCACGUGGCAGAGGGGCAGAGAGUGCGCACGGAUGGCGGGAGUGACGUGCGACCAGAAUGGCAACGUGCAGAAGCUGUACCGUGCUGUAUCACAGGCCUCUACUCUCUCCGUCCUACCCUUACUCCCCCCUCCCCUCCCCUCCCCUCCUGCCCCAUUUCCCUCCUUUCCCCUACCCUUCGCCUCCCCCUUUUCCCCCUCACUUCCCCUGCCCCUUGGCCCCACUCCCUGCACUCCCCACACACCUCCCUACACCUCCCUCCCUCCCGUUCUCUCUCUCAACAUCACCGCCGCGCUGGCCGUGCGCAUGUGCUGUGGCCUGCGGGAUUUGAGCAACAACAGGCUCUACGGCCCCAUCCCCCUCUACCUCACCACACCGCCCAACUUAAAAUUGCUCAACCUACGCAACAACCAGCUGUCCGGCUUUCUCCCGUCCGACUGGUCACCAUCCCUCGCCACGCUGCUCCUAGACAGCAACUACCUCUACGGCCAACCCGCGCUCUCCUCCUGCCCCGCCACCCUCUCCCUCCGCUCCAACUGCCUCUCCUACCCCGCCCCCUCCUCACCCCCCUCCUCCUCCUUCCGCUGCGCUCGCCACCCCCAGCGUCCCUCCGCCGCCUGCCUCGCCUUCUGCGGCCUCAUCUCCCCGGAUCAAAAGCCUUGCUCGGGCGUGGGUACAUGCCGGCUGGACAAGGCAGGGAAGCCUAUAUGUGUGUGCGACGAGGGGUAUGUGAACCGUGCUUCACCGGGGUCCUGUGUGCCGGAGGCGCAGACUGCGUCCUUCUCGCUCUCGCUCGCCGACUCGCCCCCUGUGCACCUCAAAGGCUCUGCCAUCUUCUCAGGAAAACUGACUGCUGACACUCCUGCAGUUGCUGGUGUUGCAUGUGUUGCAGCGGUUGGUGGUGAUGCAGGGGUUACUGGGGUGGUGCCUCGAGAAACAGCAAAUAAUCCUGGUGUGGUUUCCACGUUUGAUGUGCCGCUGCCUGUCAGCCCCUUGCGGCAGCUGCUGGUGAGCCCGGGUGUGCGCGGAGCGUGGGGCGCCAUGACGCUGCUGCCGCUCGUCACGCUCUUCACCUUCUCCACCCCGCAGGACCCCUGCGGCCGCCAGCUCGCCUUCAACUUCUCCUUCGCCUUCUCCAUGUCUCCCGAGGUCACAAAGCUCAACCCCCCCCGCUCUAUCUCCUCCUCUUCCUCCUCCUCUUCCUCCUUAGCUUCGUCGCCCUUCCUCUCCUCCACUGAAGCUGUAAGCACGGCGGGCAGGCAGGCGGCAGCAGCAGGGGCAAGGCCAGGAGCAGGAGCAGCAGGGGACGGGCUAGCCUUUGUGAUAAGUGCAAAUGAGCCGACAGGGGGGCCAGGCAUGGGGUACAAGGGCAUGGGCAAGAGGAGCGUGGCAGUGGAGCUAGACACAUGGUUUGAUGCCAAGAGCGGUGAUCCGGAUAGCAACCACGUAGGGAUCAACGUGGGGGGGAACAGCCGCUCGAUUGCCACAGCUUCUGUUGGCGCCUUACUUCUCAACAGCGGCGAUCCGCGAUACAUUUGGAUCGUGUACGAUCCUCCUGCUCCUGUUGGCGGUGGUGGGAGCAGUGGAGGAGGAGGAGGAGGAGGAGGAGGAGGAGGAGGAGGAGGAGGAGGAGGAGGAGGAGGAGGAGGAGGAGGAGGAGGAGGAGGAGGAGGAGGAGGAGGAGGAGGAGGAGGAGGAGGAGGAGGGGGAGGGCAGGAGGGGAGGCUGCGGGUGUUUGUGGCAGCAAUGAAGGUGCAGCCAAGGCGAGCGUUGUUGGAUGUGCCUCUCUCGCUCUGCUCUGUGAUCAAGCCGUCGCCGACACAGCCCUCGGUGUUCCUCUCCUUGUCUGCAUCAUCCUCCUCUUCCUCCCCCGCGCAGGCACACCGCGUGCAGUGGUGGGAACUGCAGACAGGCCCAUCGGACCCUUGCUUCGGUGUGUCUCGCCUGUCCCCUACCAGCGUCUACUGCCGCUCCGACGUCUCCUCCUGCCCCAUUGGAACCACAGGCUCUGCCACUGGGGGGGUUGCUGCUGCUGCUGCUGCUGGAGGCAAUGGUGGGCUCAUUCCAAAUCAGUUCGCCCCGGGAGAAGAACAGGGAGGAGGGGGCGGAACAGGAGGAGGGGGGCAGGAGCAGGGUGGGAUGACUGGAGGCUGUGAAAUUGGUGAGUUGGAGGGAGCGUGGCAUCAACCAUGGGCCAUGGAGCACGAAGGGCAUUUGGCAUGCAGCAACUGGCAUGGGGCAUUUGGCAUGCAGCAACUGGCAUGGGGCAUUUGGCAUGCAGCAACUGGCAUGGGGCAUUUGACAUGCAGCAAUGUGCUGCACUGCAUUGCUGUCUCAUGCAUGCUCCCCUCCCCCCUCUCCCCCAUUCCCCAUGCUGCAAUGCCCUAUGCAUGUGGCGUGGGUGACAAGAAUCCAUGCGGCGUGGGCACGUGUGUGAAUGACGGCUACGGUGCAUACACCUGUGUGUGCCCACCCAACUUCUAUCUCGGCACCACUGAAUUCGGUGCACCCUCCUGCGCCCCCGGCGAUAGUGAGAACUUUUUCACAGUGAAUGUGAGCACCUUGUGGUGCUACCACGUGCACCCCCUCUUUGGCCUCACGCUCGCCCAGUUCCUCGAACAGAACGAGGUGCGUGCGGGAAGGGAGCGGGAGCUGCAGGGAUGGGCCUCCAGUGUGCCGUGCCUUUCCCCACUUCCCCCCAUCCCCACUGCUCUGUGGCAAGCAUCGUUUUUCAAGGCGCCUCAAAGAAUAAGACAGUUCAAUGCGCCUCUCCCUCAGUGCCCCUCGUCCACUGAGUACAUAUGCUGCUUGCAGUUGCUGGCGUGUGACAAGCCCAUUCCUGUGGACACUGUUGUCAACGUGAAGCCCAGCCUUGACUAUCAGCCCUGCUCCGUCUUCUACACCACUGUGCAGAACGACACAUGCGAGUCCAUCGCCGCCCUCUUCUCUCUCACCGCCUCCUGCCCGGACCCCUCCCAGCCCUGCACCACCGACCUCCUCCGCCUCAACCCGGGCCUCGACUGCUCCAUCACCGCAGCAACAACCACCACAACAACACCAACAACACCUCUAGGCGGCAGCAGCAGCAGUGAGCCUGACAAGUCGCUACCCACGGGUUUGUCCAUCUGUGUGGAGAGGGCCACAGCACUGCUGGCCGUGUGUGGUGAAACGGUGACCGUGGAGAGCGUGGGGAAUGCGACGUGUGCGGCGGUGCUGGCGGGGAUGAAGCCGCCGCUGAGUGCGCUGGAGCUCUACCGCAUGAACCCCGGCAUCUACUGCCACCGCCUGCUGCCGCCCUCCAUUGAAUCGGGCUUCCCGGGCUCCGAGAUCUGUGUGGGGAUCAGCAUGAGCAUGACAAUGGGCUCAUGUCCACGGUCCGAGGUGUACCUUGCAACAGAUAAUGAUAGUCAAUCUUCUGAACCAUUGUAA